ACUAAGAUACUUAUAUAACCCGAGCUGACGAAUUAUUGGCGCGAGUUCACGAAAAAAUGGCAUUUAUUGAAGCGCCAUAUCUCCGGAACGGCGCCACGGAGCGCCGCCAUCUUUGUAUUGAUGGAAAGCGCGCUUCAUCGCCUUCGAAGUUCCCGCGUCGGCUGCCCGCUCCGUGGAGAAACAAACGCAUAAAGAGCAAAAGUUUCAAGGCCUCUCCGACGAAAAUGGCGGCUCCUGGUUGGCUUUCCGCGACACGUGAGCGAAGCGCAGCUUGCCAUUGGUCCGCUCCACCGUUGCCCCUAGCAACCAGCGCGCUCGCCGGGGACGAUCGUCUGCUCUUCGCUCGCCGCGGUACGCAUCGCGAGCUCGCUGGCGUUGGAAAAGUUUAGUUUUCGUCAAUCGCGCGUUGCGUUUUCGGACCGCCCCGACGAUCAUGGCUCGACGAUCUUUUAAAAAGAAAUACAAGACAGCGCACGCUUUCGGCAGCCGCAAGCGGAAAUCGCCGAUGCGUAAAAAGAAGACUCGUCCGCUGGCUUCCAAAAGUGAGUCCUUUGUUGACGGGCAGCGCGAUGCUGAAGUCGACGCGUCGCCCAGCACAUCGGAUGCCGUUGCGUUCGCGGAAGAAAUGCCAUCAACUAGCAAGGGGCAUACCGUUCUUGCGCAUUUACAACCACGCUUCGGAUCACCAGAAGCGGCCCGUGAGCAGGCCACGGCAGUACAAGCGUCGCUUAGUUCCAUGUCAGCGACGGAACGCAAGAUGAAGCUGUUUGCCGAAAGCGAGGAACCGGCGAGCGCGGAAAAGUGUGAAGAGUUUUUAGUCGUUCAAGUCGCAGCGAUGAACGCACUCCUCGCGACGACGCCGUGUGAGCAAUGCCUUCAGCCGGGGCUUACGGUGGUGCCAGGUACAAGGCACGGGCUGGCGACAAAGAUGAUCCUGAAUUGCGGAAGGUGCGGCGCCGUCGCGAAUGAGUGGACAUCGCCGCGAAGAGAAGGAGGCCGGGUCUUCGAAGCAAACCUUAGGUCAAUGCAAGCGAUCAAGAGCAUCGGCAAGGGGUCAACAGCACUGACAGACUUCUGGUCUAUAAUGAACGUCUCCCACCGAGGCCUGCACCAAAAGACCUUCCAGAAACACCUGAAGGCUGAGUUCAAGCCUGCCGGCGAUGCCGCGUCAGGAAGUGUAUUUUCUGAUGCAGUUGAGGCUGUCCGUAAGGUCUAUGCAGAAAUGGACCCUUGCUUUACAAAAAAUAUUACUGUAGUCUAUGAUGGCACCUGGAUGACGCGUGGCCACACAUCCCACAUUGGUGUCGGCACUGUGAUUGAGUUUUACACUGGCCUGGUGAUUGACUCUGUCGUUUUGUCAAACCGGUGCCAUGGUUGCUCCGUGGGCCCAAAAGAGGGUGACAAGAAAUACAUCAAGUGGAAGCAAUCCCAUGAAUUGGAAUGCCAAAAGAACACCAACGUGAACUCGGGGCGUAUGGAGGUUGAGGCAGCAUUGUUGCUCUUUGGACGCUCGCUUGCAAAGAACGACCUGCGGUACACAAACAUUGUUUGUGAUGGGGACAGCCGAACCUUUCUGGCACUUUCCGAUGACAAAACCUAUGGUUUCAUCGAAAUCACAAAGGAAGACUGCGUGAAUCAUGUGAAAAAAAGGAUGGGAUCAGCCCUACGUGCCCUAGUCACCAAGAGCAAGAAAGGCCAGCCCCUCGGAGGAAAGGGUGGUCUGACACAGAACCUCAUCAAAAAGCUGACGAGCUAUUAUGGCAUGGCUUUGAGAGAACACUCCGAGGUUGAUGAAAUGCGGAGAGCCGUCAUGGCGACGUUUUAUCAUAUCAGCUCAACUGAUGCAGAACCCCACCAUGAACUGUGCCCACCGGGCUCUGCAAGCUGGUGCAAACAUAGGGUCGCAGAAGCCAAGAAUGAGCCUCAGCCACCUCACAAAUACCACCUGGCGAGGCAUGUUGCAGAUGCUCUUCUGCCUGUAUACCAACGCUUGUCCGAGCCUCAUCUUCUCGACCGGUGCAGGGGGAAGAAGACACAAAACGCCGCCGAAAGUCUACACUCCGUAAUAUGGUCAGUGCUCCCCAAGGAUGAGAACGCUUCUUUGAUUGCUGCAGAGACCGCAGUCAGUGAGGCCAUUUGCAGGUACAACUCCGGCACCUUUCAUGCCUACGUGGAGUUUUGCUCCUCCCUUGGCAUCAAGCCUGGGCACCACGCACUGCGCAGGGCAGCAGAAAAAGACUCCAUGCGCAUGAAGAAAGCAUCUAAAGCACAUCAAGCAAAGGGUCAGAGGGCCAAGCGACACCAUGCUGCAAAGGACACCAAAGACUACAACCCUGGUGCCUUUUAGUGUGCUACAAGCAACCUAAAACUUUGGACAUCAUUUUCUCGGAACUGUCUUUUUACUUUUCUGCUCAACUUGUGGAGCACGUUUCUUAGCAACCACUUUGUCUAUUUUUAUUCUGUUUGUUUCAUUGUGAUCCUUGAACUAAGGUGCAGGGCAUGACAUUCCUUUUUUUUCAAGUUAAUGACUUUUUAAUUUAUUAUGUAGUCACAUGUUUGCAUACCAGGUGCGCAUUUCGCAACCAGGCGACAAAAAACAAUUUUUUUUUUACGUUAGGUAAAGAAAAAAAAAUCAAAGAAUGUCUUGACCUGUGAUACACAUCUGUAAGUGCAUUCAAAGUUCAAGAAGCCUUCUUUUUUAUUUUAUAAGCCCUGCAGGCUCUCCACCAGGUGCAAACAAGAAAAAAAUAUGAUAAUAAAAAGUUCUUGAGAUA